AUGUCUGUCUCAACUCUUGCUUCGUUUGAGUAUCUGGAGAGACUGCCAGGUACAACCUUUAGACGACUGUAUCAACAACCUUCCACUUCGUUGGCCAUUUUCAGGCGCAUGCUACCUCAUCUUGCCAAAACAUUUGUGAUGGCACUACUCUAUAUGCCCAAGCCUUUGCCUUUCACAGCUUUGGAUCAAUGGGUACAAACGAAGAGCAAGAGACAAAAAGAUCAAGCCCUUUCCUUACUAUCGCGACUGCAUAUCGUUGAUAUUACUGCGCUGAGCCGAGAAAGUCCUCAGACUGUAGCUUUGACUAAGAAUUUUGGAACCUCACUACGACUGGCACUUACUGGUGGAGGAGAUCAUCAAUCUUUCGGUGUCCCUUCGUCCGACCUUGUUGCGCCAAAUGUUGAUAUAGAUUUCUUGGAUGUGCAUGCGCGAAUGCAAUGGGAAGGGAUCCUACAUUAUUUGGUCAACAGUGUUGCAGCAGGCUCGGGACAAGAGGGGAAAGGACCCGCAAGUUCAGUCAAGAAAUUACUCGAUGCCGGAAACUUGGUUACAAAAGGGCGAGGCGUGGGUAUUACUCAAGCUGGAUUCUCGUUUCUAUUACAAGAGGCCAAUGCGCAAGUCUGGACUUUACUUCUUCUAUGGAUUGAAAAUGCCGAGGGUAUGGGAAUGGAUUCCGUCGAGGUACUCUCCUUUCUCUUCAUGCUAGGCUCCCUCGAACUCGGACGUGCAUAUAGCACCACAACCCUCACAGAUGCCCAGCACAACAUGCUCGGCAACCUCAUCGAUUUCGGGCUUAUCUACCUCCCCCCAUCUGCCCCUACCCAAUUCUUCCCAACCCGUCUCGCCACAACCCUCACUUCAGAUGCCAGUGCUCUCCGUACGGUAUCCGCUGGUUUCGACGCCGCUUCCAAAUCCACCGCCAGUCAAAAAGGUUUCAUCAUAAUCGAAACCAACUACCGCCUAUACGCCUACACUUCCUCACCCCUUCAAAUUGCCGUCCUCUCCCUCUUCACCAAGCUCAACACCCGCUAUCCUAACAUGGUCAGCGGCCGCAUAUCUCGCGAUUCCAUCAGCACCGCCAUAGCCCACGGCAUCACCUCUGACCAAAUAAUUACCUACCUAUCCACCCACGCGCAUCCCCAACUCAUCAAAGCCUCUGUCGCAGCUAACGGUGGACCUGUAUUACCACCUACAGUGGUUGAUCAAAUCCGACUCUGGCAAUUGGAAAACGAGAGGAUGAAAGCGAUGCCAGGGUUCCUGUUCAAGGAUUUCGAGAGCCAGAAGGAAUACGAAGCGUGUGCGAAAUAUGCAGAGGAGGUGGGAGUGUUUGUUUGGAAAAAUGAUUCGAAGAGGAUGUUCUUUGUGACGAGGGUGGAACAGUUAAGGGAUUAUAUCAAGGCGAGGAAAAUAAAAUAG